UCCUGGGGAGCAGGGAGGUGGGAGGAUAAGGUGCCCCUACAAAUCCCAGGGCCUGGAGCGGGCCAGGGCAUCUUUGGGUGGUGGAGUGCAGAGGAGGUGACCAGCAGCAGAGGAGUCCCUGUGACUAGGAACCAUGACAGACCAGCAGGCCGAGGCCCGGUCCUACCUCAGCGAGGAGAUGAUCGCUGAGUUCAAGGCCGCCUUUGACAUGUUUGACGCUGAUGGUGGCGGGGACAUCAGCGUCAAGGAGUUGGGCACGGUGAUGAGAAUGCUGGGCCAGACACCCACCAAAGAGGAGCUGGACGCCAUCAUUGAGGAGGUGGAUGAGGACGGCAGCGGCACCAUCGACUUCGAGGAGUUCUUGGUCAUGAUGGUGCGCCAGAUGAAAGAGGACGCGAAAGGGAAGAGCGAGGAGGAGCUGGCCGAGUGUUUCCGCGUCUUCGACAGGAACGCAGACGGCUACAUCGAUGCGGAGGAGCUGGCUGAGAUCUUCAGGUCCUCUGGGGAGCACGUGACAGAUGAGGAGAUCGAAUCCCUGAUGAAAGACGGGGAUAAGAACAACGAUGGCCGCAUUGACUUCGACGAGUUCCUGAAGAUGAUGGAGGGCGUGCAGUAAGAAGUCGGCCCUCGCCCACCGAAACCGCGCCACCCUCGGGUGACGGGGCUUCUCCCCGCUCCGUGCCAUUCCCCGCCCGGGAGGGAGGCGCGGUCCCUUUCGGGAUCCUUUUCUAGAAGGAAUAAAAGCAAUCGUUGCAAA